AUGCACUUAAACACACAUUUACGCCAGGAUGCCAUUCUUCCGUACACUCAAGUCCAGGAUAUGUUCGAUGAUCUCGAGGCAAUCUCCGGUGACCUGAGCCAUAAAAACGAAUCCCACAGACUGGACAUGAAACCCACAGAUGACUUUCACACCUACCUUUGCAUGCUUUUGUAUAGGUCUGGUGUAUUCGGAACUCGUUUCGAGUUCUUGAAGCACGAGGUGGGUGUCCGCCUGACCAGAGGUCUGAAGGGAGCAGUCGCGCGUGAAUUUCUUGACGACAGCGUCACGCUUGAGGAGUUUACAAAGCUUUGUGCGAAGGAAGCUAGUCGCCUGGAGCUUGAAUACAGCAAGAACCAUAAGAGUGGAAGGAAGGGGGAAAACACGUCAUCUCUUUCUCACAAGCUAUCAGGCAACAUGCUCGAGACGUCGAACGAACCAGAACCAGAAGAUAGUGGGUGA